AAUAUAAAUAAUAUUUUAAUCAAAAUAAUAUUAUUUUAUUAAAGAUGAUCUACUAUGAUUUGAGAAUGAUUUUAUUUAUAGAUAAAUUUAAAUCAAUUUAAAUUUAUUUUUAAUAUAUCAAAAAAUAAUUAAAUUAAAUUAAAUUAAACUUUAAAUCAAAUCAAAUUUGUAGUUUCGUUCCAUUUUAUCGGUUCGAUGGUGUUUACUCAAAAUCAGUUUUUAUCCUGGAAUUGGUUUCAGAUAUUGAUACUCAGCGAGAUUAUUUAUAUCGGGAGGAGCAGCGGUUCCACGUUGGCUACGGCACCUAGAUAGCGGGGCGAAGUUUUCUGCGUUCUCUCGCAUAUUUCUGUAGCUUUGUAGCCAAGCGAAACCUGCAGGCCGCGAAGUACGAAUAACAAAUGAUGGUAUCUUUUUCCUUGAUGUUGUAAUUGAAAUGUAGCGUUAUGGAUAAAAUCAGAAAAUGUUGGAGAAACAAGGGAAGGUACUAGCGUAGAUUGUUACGUCAGUCUCGGCGUCCAUUCGUUCCCCGCGCGCUGGGACGGAGGCAGCCCUCGUCACGGCGGCGAAUUGCGCCCCACCGCGCUGUGACUGAGACGGCCCUUGCCACUGCCGCAAGUUUGUCACCCCCGCUGGUUCCUCUUGCCCGGGUGAUGCUGGCUCGCUCCGCCCUUCUCCCAGCCGUCUUGGCCCGAUCCAAGACCACCUCCGCCCAGUACGUGGCGGCGAGGCACAUCGACCCCACCUUCGAGAAGCUGAUGGACGGCUACAAGCACCUCCUCAAGGUGGUGGCCGUCCAGGACCUCAUCCUCGCCUCUCCAGGCCUCUCCCUCCCUCUUCCCCUCCUCUCCUCCGCCGCCCCCAAACUUCGCCUCAACCGCGGCGCCCCCCAUUUCGUCCGCGCCUUCCCCCGCGUCUUCUCCCUCCACUACGACCCCUCCUCCUCCCACGCCCUCGUCCGCCUCGCCCCCGCCGCUGCCCAGAUCGCCCUCCAGGAGUCCUCCGCCGCCUCCGCCGCCGCCCCCGCCGCCGUGGAUCGCCUCUCCCGCCUCCUCUCCAUGUCCCCCUCCCGAUCCCUUCCACUCCGCGCCAUCUUUCGAAUGUGGAAGGAGCUCGGCCUUCCCGACGACUUUGAGGAUUCGAUCAUCGCCCGGAAUCCUACCAUCUUCUCGCUCCGGGACAAUCCACGGGACCCUAACACCCAUCUGUUGGAGCUCGUUGAGGGGAACCCCAGCCCUAAUUUCACACCGGCGGUGGAGGAGUGGCGGCGCCGGGAGACGAGCAGGGAGGGAUCCAAGGCGGAUGAGAUGGAGCUGAGGUUCGGAUUCAAGCAGGGGUUCCCUCCCGGGAUGCGGCUUACCAAGAAUUUCCGUGCCAAGGUGAAAGAGUGGCAGCGGCUGCCAUAUGUCGGGCCGUAUGACGCCGUCGGCGGCGGCGGCGGAGGAGGGAAGAGUUCAAAGGAUAGAAUGAGGCGAAUGGAGAAGCGGGCAGUGGGGAUUGCGCACGAGUUCUUGAGUUUGACGGUGGAGAAGAUGGUGGAGGUGGAGAAGAUCAGCCACUUGAGGAAGUGGUUCGGGAUCGAGCUUAACAUCCGGGACCUGUUCUUGGACCACCCGGGGAUCUUCUACCUGUCGACCAAGGGGAAGCGGCACACUGUGUUCCUCCGGGAGGCCUACGACAGAGGGAGGCUGAUCGAUCCAAAUCCAGUAUACGAAGCGAGGAGGAGACUUCUUGAGCUUGUGCUCAUGCGUCGGCGGGGAUUGGAGGGAGGGCAGCUGGGAGUGGAACCGGCACCGGAGGAGGAGGAGGAGUCUGAUUCAGCUGCUGACAACGUUUGAGCGGUGGUUCAGAAAAUCGGUGGGAAUGCAUAACGGUCAAAGUAAUAUCCGACAAAGAGGGAAAUAAAAACACAAAAACGAUGAUGAUACCAUCAAUCUUCAUGUGGCAUUUUGCUAACUAGUGGGGAAAUAAAAACACAAAAACUAUGAUGAUGCCACACAGGUCCUUAAUAAUUGUUCAGCAAAUACUACAGGCUAGCUUGCUUGAUCUCAGUGUUUCUAGCUGGCCGAGUUUGUCGAAAACUGCAUUUGAUGUCGAAAACUGCAUACGAGUCUAUUACCAAACUUUACUCCCUUUUUUAUUCCAAUUUCUGUUCGCUCGUAGAUUGACCAGAGUUUGUUACCUCUUUUUGUUUUUUCCUUUCGAAUGUCGAGAAAUUGAGGUUUUGGAACUAUUGACAGGAUUCUCUGAAGUAAAGCAAAUGCCAUAGAGCAGCAAGCAACUCCUGCAAAUUGGAAUGUUCUGCAAGUCCAUGCAUUGGCUAAGAAAUCAUUCGAAUCAUGAACAAAUGGGUCUCCAAGAUUUUCCUGCAGCUUCUUUUUUUUUUCCAACUGUUACCGUAGAAAUCCAUUUUGAGUUGGAAUGGCUAGAGUCAGAUGAUGACCACGAGUUAACAGCUACGUGACUUGACUCACGGCUGCAUGACCUACAAGAAAAGCCUCCGAAAGUCAGUGGACUCCCGUGCGAAUCCUGCGACGCUCAAAUUAGUUUUCCGCAAUGGGAGAAAAAAAACGAGCAUUUUUUUUUAAAGAGAGUACUUCUGGGAUUUUUGGAUUAUUCUUUUUUUAUAUAGGUGAGAUUGAAGCCGUGAGAAGAAGAGAGGUCGUCAGAGAUUUUUUUUAUCCCCCAUUAUGUUCUUGAAAAUCAUGCUGGAUCUUCUGAUUUCUUUAGAUUUGAUGGGUAUUGUCACCUCAUCUGGUAGGUAGUCAGCCAUUUUUAUUAAAGAUUUGAGAUUACAAGCAGAAUCUUAAGAUUGAUGCGACCUUAUCUUACUCAUGGUCAUCCGUAUAUCUUAAUGAGAUGAUGUGACUAGACAGGCCCAGAGAGUAGGGUCCAUAUGUUAUGGAUAUAACCUUAAUAUCUGAUCCAAAAAUACGAGUGAGUGAGUUGACUAUCUACCUUGGCCUAUGAGCUCUGUCGACCCUGACCCCUGCGCCAGCUGCUGAUCUACUCGUGAAUCCUUUGGGCAUCACCACCCUCGAGUCGUCGAAUCCUGUUUAUGCUACCAACUUUUUACUUCAACUAUCAGUCCCGACGUCGGCUUCGACUUGGGUAUUCGCAUCGAUUUUGUUGCCCGAUGGCGUAUAACCAGUCCCUGAAGCCUAUUUCUUUCCGCUCCUUAGUUCAGUCACCGCAUUCGAUGGUGUCUAUCGAAAGCUCCUGUAUGACUGCCAAAUUGAGCCAUUAAAGAUAAUGGUUUGUUGUCACGAUGAUCGCGUCCGGUUACGUCAUCUCAUUAAGACAUGCGGAUUGCCAUGAGUAGGAUAAGGUCAUGUUAAUCUCAAGAUCCCUGGUUGUAAUCUCAAGUCUUUAAUAAAAGUGGUUGGUUAUCUACCUGAUGAGGUGAUAAUACCUACCAAAUCCAAGAAAGUUAGAGGAUCCGAUGUGAUUUUCAAGAACAUAAUAGGGGGCAAAAAAAAAGAUCGGUCUCUCCUCUUCUUACGACUCCAACCUCACUUAUAAACAAAAAAGAUAAUCUAGAAAAUCCAGAGGUACGCCCUCUUUCUAAAAAAGCACUCUCUUUCUCUCCUGUUGCGAAAAUCUGACUUAAGCAUCAGAGGGUCCCCGUCGGAGCCUACUCCGGCUCACGGAGGCUUUUUUGUGCAGAUCAUGCAACCGUCGACUGGCGGUCAUCAUCCGACUCCAGCCAUCCUGACCCAGGAUAGAUUUCUGCCGCAACACCAAUCAAUUCUCUGUCGCUUAUUAUUUAGAAGUUGAGAUGUGGCUACAGCCUGCAGAUUGCUUGAGUGACAACCAGGAUUUGUGUAGUGGAUAUGUUGUGGGAGCAUUUAUCUACAGGCUACGAGGAAAGGGAGGUAAAAACUUCUACAUGUUUACCAAGGAGAGGCCUGGUAUUCCUCCUGAUAGGGCUGUGAUGAGAGGAGGUUGAUCAAUCGAUAACCUGUUAACAAGGAAAGGUGUGGCAUAUUAGAUACUGGCAACAGGAUGAUACAUGUCCACAAGCUUUGUAUGGUAUUUUGUUUUCUAAUUUCGUAAAUUGUAUUUAUACUAAACUCGUAUGAUCACUCAUCUGUACCAAAAAAAAAAAAGAGCAAACUUCUUUAGCUCAUGCUGAUCUUUAGACAGAAGUGUUCCGGCCUGUCAAUAGAAGGGGAUCAUGAGAGAAGAAGAAAACAACUGGCGUGACUCAGGUUUGGAAAGAUUUGAAUGGUGGGUUUGAAGGGAGGUGGAGGCAUGGUAAUGGGACCGAAUUGAGAGAUAUCAAGCCAUAAGAUGUAGCUUCACUGUCGAUUUGUGAUUUCUUUUUAGGAGUGAUAAUGAACUUCCCAUUGUUCGGGUUGCUGAAAA